UCUAGAUGAAAAUGAAGUUGCUAGAGACUCGUGGAAGAUGGCGCCACUUUCGCAUUGCCAAUCUAGUUAUCUUUGGAAAUUUCUAGAUCAUCGAUCAUGAAUAUAUACAUAUAUAUACAUCUCUAUUUAACUAUUUAGUUUGUGUAGUAAACGGUACAGGUGAAAACAAGUAGUUACAUUAAUGAAAGCUAGUUUUCUAAUGUCGCAUUGUUAAACAAAAACGCUCUUUAUUAGUUUUUUUAUUGGUCAUACUACACAUUUUAUCUUUCAUAAAAUUAUAUACAUACAAAAGUAUUAUUUUAAAAAGAAGAUAAAUGUAUAUGUAUAAUAAGUUAAGGUGUAUAACGCUCCUUAACCUUACUAUUGUUAAUUUCGCAAUAUAUCAAUAUAUUUAAUUCGCAUUUUAACAUCAAAAUUAACAACAAAAUUGUGAAAUAUUUGUAAAAAAUUAAACAAAUUUUUAUUUUUAUUAAUAAAUAUAUGUUUUUUAGUAUUUUUAUAUUAUACGAUUAUUUAUUACGUUUUGCAAAAAUAUUAAGAGAUCAUGUCUGCUAAUAGUCCUCAUACAGAAAAAGAAUUAGAUUUAAGUAAUGCAGGACGAGGUGUAUGGCUUGUUAAAGUACCAAAAUACAUUGCUAACAAAUGGGAAAAGGCACCCGGAAAUAUAGAGGUCGGAAAAUUAAAAAUAACUAAAAAUCCUGGUCAAAAAGCAGAAGUAUCUCUUAGACUAUCAGAAGCUGUUUUAGCUUUAAAAGAACCAGGGGAAGAAGAUAUUCCAAAACAGCAUAGACUUGAUGUUACUACAGUAACUCGACAAAUGUUAGGAGUCUUUUCUCAUGUUACACCAUCAGUUACAUCUGAUAGUAUUGUUCCUGAAAGUGAAAAACUAUAUAUGGAAGGAAGAAUAGUGCAAAAAUUAGAAUGUCGUCCAUAUGCGGAUAAUUGUUAUAUGAAAUUAAAAUUAGAAAGCAUAAAAAAAGCAUCUGUACCACAAAGACAAGUUCAACAAUUAGACAGGGUAGUGCAAAAUUUCAAACCUGUAUCUGAUCAUAAACAUAAUAUUCAGUAUGCUGAAAAGAAGAAAGCAGAAGGAAAGAAAAUGAGAGAUAAUAAAGAUGCAGUCUUAGAUAUGCUCUUUGCAGCAUUUGAAAAACAUCAGUAUUACAAUAUCAGAGAUCUUGUAAAAAUUACACGACAACCAAUUGUAUAUUUAAAAGAAAUUCUUAAUGAGGUAUGUAACUACAACUUGAAAAAUCCACAUCGAAAUAUGUGGGAACUAAAACCGGAAUAUCGACAUUAUAAGGAAGAAGAAGAGAAAUCUGCAGAAAAUGAUUCUAAAAAAACUAAUGAAUCUGAUGAUGAUUAAGAUAGUAUCUGUGUAUAUAAAUAACCUUAUUUUUAAAAGAGUAUAUUGCUAGGACCCCAAAUAAAAAAGUAUUUAUUUUUCUAAAUAAAUGAUAACAUUACUGAA